AACUGCUGGUGUGACUUUAAACAAUUGAUUAUGAAUUGAAAUGUGGAGGAGAGUAUCUGUGAAGUACCAGAAAACUCAAGUCGCAGUACUCUGUUACUUUCCACCGCUGCUCACAGAGUUCUGUUGUCUUUGUGGGCAGAUCUGUUCUGUCCGUCAGCUGACCGUGAUGAUGCGUUUGUGGGCUUGCGUUUUGGCGGUCAGGAAGAAGACAUCCUGAGUUUCGACUUCAGUUUAACUCGACUGGUUUGAGAAGUCUGAGUCACAACAAGAAGCUCCGCUGCUUUUUCAUUUUUCAUAUGUUCAUUUUUCCCUCAUCACAGCCACACAAUGAAAAUGAAGAUUGCAGCCUUCAAUACGAAGAAGCUGGGAUGGGCUAAAGUCCACAAAAAUGUUGUGCGGAAAAUUCUUAUCAAGAUCAUGUCUCGGUACAGUGUGGUGGUGUUGCUGGAGGUGCUGGAUCAAACUGGCAAAGCCAUGGAGAAGCUCCUAGACGAGCUCAACGGAGACAACGGACAACACCAGUACAACAUGAUCUGCAGUGAGUCUCUGGGACGAAGCUCCUACAAGGAGAAGUUUGUCUUCUUCUACAGAGUGCACGAGCUGUCGAUCAUCGCCAUCUACCAGUACAGGGAGAAAGGUGAAGAUGUGCUGGCCAGGGAGCCCUUCGUCGUGCUCUUCAGACGUUUAAACGCAGGUGUGCGUCAGGCUGUGCAGGAGCUGGCUCUGAUCCCAGUCCACACCAAGCCAGAGGACGCAGAGAGAGAGCUGGACGCUAUGGUCAAAGUGGUCGACGCUGUCAAGAAAAGAUUGAAAACUGAGAACAUCAUGAUUUUGGGGGACUUCAACGCGGAUGGACGUUACCUCUCAGGAAAAGGGAGGCAAAGGGUCGGCCUCAGUUCCCAACACUACCAUUGGCUGAUAGACGAUGAUGUCGACACGACGACCAGCGACUGCAAUGACCACACCUACGACAGGAUUGUGGUGUAUGGACAAGUGAUGGUUGAUGCUGUCGUGCCCGACUCAGCUCAACCUUUCAACUUCCAGAGAGCCUACCAGCUGUCGGACCAAACUGCUCAAGCUAUCAGCGACCACUACCCUGUGGAGGUGGAGCUGAAAUAACAUGAUACUCACAACCACAUGGCAGCUUACACUUUGUAUCACUGCCCAUCGACUCAUAACUCAUAACUGUGAAACUUUUGGGUUAUGUGAAGUAAAAGAAUCACAAAAGA